AUGAGGUUCCAGAGCCUAACCCUUAAUCCACCUCAGUUUCCUAAGCGACCAAGUUGUGAUCCCUAUACAUUGGCGUCGUCCUCUCCGAGUUUCACGACUUUGACUUAUAGUCAAGAGAGGAACUGGAAUCUUAUUCCUGGGACCGUCGUGGUGUUGUCCGCCGGGGGUGGCGGUGGCGACACAGGGGGCGGGGGUGGGAAUCUUUGUCGACGAUCUGAAUUUGCUCGGCGUGGGGGUGGCGGUCGGGGGGCCUCUUGUCUUUCCACCAUCAGCUCCUCUGUUGCGGGGAGCGCUGGGGGCUGCGGCCCCGUGGUGGGCCUCCCCUCCUACAAAAAGCGACAAGGAACCGGAAGCGCAUGGGGCAGAGGGAGUAAAGGACGGGGUAGAGGACGCGGGGGCGGCGGUGCGAAUUUUUCGGGUUCCGGCGUCGCCCCCGCGAAUUAUACCCCAGGACUUGAGAGCGUUGCACCAGGAUUGCGUGAGGUCGUGAAUAUUCUUGGCAAGAGAAAUCAAAUUGGUACUCUCAGUGGGGUUGGUCCACCGCCAGGUACAUCAGAUACAGAUGAAACUGGUGACGAGGAAGAGGGAAACACUCCAAGAAGACCACCAAAACCACUUUAUCGAAGAUUAAUCAGUUAUGUGCGUCAGGCGUGGACUGGUGUUAAAUUUGCAUUAGACUCCGAAUAUGAAGAGGAACAAAUACCGAGAUAUCGGCCCGACUCUUUGGCGAGUCUUUGCAGAGCAACUCGAUUUACUGAAGCUGAGCUGAAGAGGAUAUAUCGUGGAUUCAAAGCCCAGUGCCCCACGGGAGUCGUCCGAGAAGAAACCUUCAAGUGCAUCUAUUCCCAGUUUUUCCCUCAAGGAGCAAACGCAAGCCAGUAUGCCCAUUACGUUUUCAACACUUUGGACCAGGAUCAUAGCGGACUUUUGAGCUUUGAGGACUUUGUUACGGGUCUUAGCAUACUCUCCCGUGGAUCAAUAGAGGAAAAACUUCGUUGGACAUUUUCUUUAUAUGAUAUCAAUGGAGAUGGAUGUAUCACUAGAGAAGAAAUGACGGAUAUUGUUACUGCAGUUUACGAAUUGUUGGGAAAAUUUGCGGAUACUAGCCUAAAUCAUGAAGUAGUACGUGAAAAAGUAGAUAGAAUGUUUUUGAAAAUGGAUGGAAACAAAGAUGGUGUUGUAACACUUUCCGAAUUCCUAGAGGCAUGUCGAGCUGAUCCUGAUAUUUCUACCAAUAUAGCGGCCUUUGAUACGGCUUUCUGACACUCGAUACGAUCUCUUAACACGCCAUAUGGACUUGAAAAAAGUCCCUUUUUAUUGCCAAACGGAAAUUGAUAUAAAUACCAUUCGAAUUUUUUGCGGAUGUGUGCAAAAAAAAAAAAGAAAAUAAAACUUCCGACAUUUGACGUUUCUAAGACAGUUUGUGAAUUUUUCACACACAACCAUUUGCUCCAGUUUCCAGAAAUGAAACAAAAAAAAAAAAAAAAAGAAAAGGAGAAUGUUGUAAUUUGACAAAGAGAACAGAAAAAGAAGUGUUGUAGAAGAAGCUCAACUAUCGACACCUGCCAUUGUUCCCGUGGAAAAUAGUACAUCGUUAAAAGAAAAUAUCUCGUUUAUGAUUUAAAAAAAAAAAACAAAAAACAAGCAUUUUAUUUCAAAUUUUCAAUAUUGAGGUUUUUUUUUAUACGAAUUUAAUGAAUGGAAAAUAUAAAAUACUUUUAAUCAAAAUAUUAAAACUUACAUUUCACUUUUUUUUAAUUUCAAACCAGUAAAGCAUCAAAUUUUUUCAUAUUUGUAAUUAUAAAAAAAAAAGAAAACCUCAAAAAAUAAAAUGUAAAUUUAAAAAAAAAGAAAUUUGAUCGCCUCUUUUUGUAGUUGAUUUAAUCAUAAAGAUAGUGGAAGUAAAUUAAAUUUCAAACGAUAUAUACGUCCGACAACAAUAUUUAAUUUUACUAAAAAAAGUUUUUUUUAAAAAAAAAACACAGUGCCAAACAAUAGCUUUGUGUUGAAUAAUAUUUGAAAAUAAAAAGAAAUAAAACGAGCAUCAUUAAACGUUAGUAUUUUAUAGCCAUAAUUUAGCUUAAAGUGAAAAUGCAAGUACUGAACAUUUUUAUUGCGCGUCUGUUUUUUUUUUCCAAAUAUUUUCUCAUAUUUUCAUUUUAUAAUGUAUAUUAACAAUGACACCAGAGGCUUUUUGUCGGCCACUUUACAUUCAAUGCGGCUAAUUAUAGACAAAUACUUUUUACAAAAAAAAAAAAAAAAAAAAUAAUAUGUGGAAAAUGGUGUCGAUAUAUAGAAAUAUUUUCAAAAUAAAUAUAAAUAUAUAUAUUUCAAAUAAUAACUUAUUCGAUGCUCAGUGAUUAUUAAAUGAUAGUGUCAAUGAUUCUCUUCAGAAAUCAAAAAAAUAUUUUACUAUUUUUUUCGUUGAAAAUGAAAUUAUUUUUUUAAUUAAAUUAAAUCAUUUUCAUUAAGUAGUUUUUUAAAGUAAUGCCUAAGUUCAAUUUAAUUUAAAAAUUGAUGGAAAUUUCCAAAAUUUCCACUCAAAUUCGAAAAUUCGAUGAAAAAAAAAGAGAUAAAAAAUAUUAAAUUGGAAAAUAAAGUCGUUAUAAAUUAUUUUUAUUCAAAAACUUGUAUAUUUUUAUCUGAUAAUAGAAAAAUAUGACUUUGACGUUAAAUAAAAUUUGUAUAGACAGAGAAAUAAUAUAUAAAUAUAUAAAUAGUUAUUCUCAGACGUAAGUGAGAAAGUAAAUAUAUAUUAUGAAUGCACGACGAUUCGAAUGUUUAGAAAAUAAUAAUUAUUUUAAAUUCUCGUUAAGUAGCUUCGAAAGCCGACGAAGAAUUUUGUGGAUUGUUGUAUCUAUAUAGUGAGUAAAAAAACAUGAUGCAAAGUAUAUUUAUUUUUGUGACAAUUAGGGCACAUUAAGCUUAGUCUUAAAAAAAAAAAAUUCACGCUGCUAAUAAGAGAAAAAAAAAUUCCUCAUUUAUUCUUUUCUUUUCUAAUUAAAAAUAUUCAUUAACUAAACUUUUUAUGAUAUAAUUUUUCUAUUAUUUUUAUUUAUAAUAUAAAUAUGAAAAUUUUUUUUUUAAAUUUUUAAUAAAAAUUGAAAUUUCGAUUAUUAGCAACGUUGCGUAAUAUUAAUAUAAUACGUAUAUAUAUAUAAGUUAAAUGUAAAAAUUGAGAUAAACAUCGAAUGUUGUCUCAUAUCAAGUCGAUCACUACCACAUGUCUUUGAAGUUUUUCCGUAUAAUAUAAAUGUAAAAAAAAAUGAAAAUUAUUAAGAGAAAAGAGUCAGGAAAGGCCCCCAAAAAAGUACUAUUUAGAUAAAUAUAAAUCUUCGAAUCCCUUUGGAAAAAAAUCUAAUUUAGUGAUAAAGAAGCAAAAAAAAAAAAUUAGAUUCUACUUCUACUCUAUAUAAAAGAAAACAAAAAAAUCUAUCGCCCAAUCUAUUGUGCAUGUAUUGUACCUGUAGCACCAGCAGUAAAAUGUCUAUAGUAGAAAACUAUUUCAAAAAAAAAAAAAAUGGUACCACAAAUUUAUUCUAAUAUAAAUUGUUCUAUCUUUAUAUAUCUCUCUCUUAGAACAGCCCUGGUCCAAAUAACAAAGAGCAAAACUAAUAAAAAAAAAAAAGAAAAAAAAAUAUAAAUAAUUUAAUUUCUCAUUCUUCGUAAUCGGAAUACUAAAAAAAAAGUAGAAAAAAUAAAAUAUAUUUAGACAAGAGAAAAGAAUAAUAUAGAAUUGGAAAAAAAGUUGAUUAAAUAAAAAAUUAGUCUUUCUUUUGCUGGUACUUUUGCAAUAAACUGUUUUUUUUUAUCUGAAAAAAGAAUAUAAUAUAAAUACACAACUAAAAUAAAAAAAACAAUUUAAAGGAACAAAAAAUCAUUCGGAUUUUACUGAUUUUUUUCCUCUGCAUAGAAUUCAAAAUGAUUUUCUUAAACUUUUAAAAUAAGCAGAUUUUAUCACAUUUUUUUUCAAUUCUCAUUUACAAGUUAAACUGUUUUUAAACAUGUAAUUUCUCUGUAUAUAUUUGUUUUAAACAAAAACUUUGAAUCUGCAUAUUUAAAGGGUACUAGAGACGUCGUUGUUAUCCUUAAAGUUUCGUUUCAAAACUUGUUUCCACGAGAGACAUAGACGAUAAAUAUAUAUAUGUAUAUGUGUGUAUAGUAAAAUAUUAUACUUCGCGAAAGAAUUGAAUCAAAACUUUUGAGUUGCUCUUUACAUAUAUAUAUACUAUAUACAUACGGAAUAUCCGUAUUUAUAUGUUCGCAUAUCUAUCUAUUGAUGACUAUUGUAUAAAAAAAAAUCUCUUAGUGGUAAUAUCUAUCUUUAACUUUGAAAAAAAAAAUUCUUUUUCUCCAAGGGACUACCUAUUUUCAAAAAAAAUAUAGAAAUGCAAGGGAAACAUUAAACAAGUCGAAUUACUUCAAUGAAAAUAAUUCUUUAGAAAUGUGAAUAUUUGUUAUUUUGCAAAAAAAAAAGAGAAUUUUCUUUAAUUAACAAAAUUAUUAAUUUCGAGAAACAAUAAAAUUUGUAAUAUAAUUAUAAUUUAUAUUGAUUUAAAUUACAAAACAAUAAAUUAUAAUUUUCAAAGCUAAAUUUAAUUCUAUUUUUCAAUAAAUUGAAAUUAUAAUUAAUUAUAAAUUUUUUAUUAUAGUACUAAUUUUUCUUUUUUUGUUAUUCACAUCUCUAUUUUUCAAUGAACUAAAUCGUCUUGACUAUAAGAAAAGCAGUAAAGAAUUUUUCAACUCGCAAUAAUAUGAAAAAAAAAAUCUGCAAAUUUAUAUAAUAAUAAAUAAAAAUUUUUGGUCGGGCUGUGCUUGUAAUGGCUGACAGAUGGUCCAAUCAUAGACUAUGUAUAUGUAAUAACAAAAGAGAAUUAUAGAAUUUACAAAGAAAGAAAAAAGUAUAAAUUAAAAUAAAAAUAAAAAUAGUUUAACAAUAACAAAUAAAUACCUCACGGCAUUUGAGAUCAGGAUCUUUGACUCUUGAUUCAAAAAAAAAAAAUAAAAUCCACUUUAUAUUGCAAAAAAAAAAGAAAAGAAAAAACAUAUUAAUUUUAAAUAACAUCGAAUCGCAAAAAAUUCGUUGUUUUUUUUCAAAAAUUACUCAGAAGCCGUUUGGUUAUCACGAGUUUAAAAAAUAAAAUUAAAAAAAGCGCAAAUCGAUACGUUAAUUGUAUAACGGAUUUUAAAUAAUGAUAAUAUCCACAUGGCGAUAUAUUUUCAAUGUAAGUCGACGAUGUAUUAUUGUAUAAUGUAUAAAUUCCCCUAUAACAACUCGUCGAGGCCAUAAUGGAAACGGGAUUUACCGGCAAAGCUCGUUUUUUUUUUUUUUUUUUUUUUGUAUUUUUAAUUACCGUGCACAUAAAAAGUGUUAUUUAUCCGUUAAAAUUUAAAGAGAAAAUACAUUUUUAAACAUCAUCCGGGAAAAAUCGUUUCCGUGUUCCAUUGAACGGGUGUGUUUGAAUGUUGAUUGUUAAAUGUUAGAAUAUAGUCAAUACGAUACGAAAAUUCACAUAUUUAAAUUAUAUGACGUUUUCAAUUUUAUUAUUAAAAACUAUUAAUUGUACCGUUUUGAAAAUUUUUCUAUUAGAAAACUAUUUUUGAAUAUUUCGAUAAUAAAUUAAUUUUUUCAAAGUAAAAAUAAAAAAAGAAAGAAAAGGAAUAAAGUUUUGAAGAAAAAAAAUAUUUCAUGAUUAAAAAUAAUUUUUUUUUAAAAUUAUUAUUGUACAAUAAUACAUAAAAAUCUACAAUUGCUUUGGUUUUUUGAAACUAUUUACUAAAUCACACAAUAAUUAAAACUAAAAUUUUAUUUUUAAAUUUAUUCUAACUUGCAAAAUUUAUAAUUCAAAAUUACCCUUUAUUUAUUAAUGAUAAUGAAAAUAAAUUAUUAUUUCCUGCUUGAAUGUAUAUCCAAUUUUGGCCUCAACUCAAUUACCGAAUUAAGCAAUGAAAAAAAAAAAAAAAUAAUAAAUCCCCCAUAUUUUCUUCACAUGGAAAUUAUAAAAUCGAAGCUUUCUUUAGAAAAAAGAGAAAAUAAAGAAAAGCGUAACGAAUCUAUUUUUAUUGCAAUAAUUAUUUCCACACAACUUUAAAAUAUCGUACAAAAAUCCUCCUCACCAAUAUACAAUAAUUAAGAGUGUCUUUUAGAGGCAUUUUUGUGAAAUCCCAAAGUUCUGAGGGCCGUCGUAGUGGCUGUAUACUAAAUAUAUAUAUAUAUUAUUGUACGAUAUUUCGAAAAUAAAAAUCGCGCGCGCGAAAAAAGGGAGAGAGAAAGAGAAAGAGAGAGAAAAAGAGAAAAAAAAUAUAUAUAAUACUGUCAUAUGUCAUAUUAUAUCAAUAUUAAACUGAUAGUGUAAAAGACCGAUAAUUUAUGCAAACAGAAAGAUUAUAUGUCAUAUUAUGUAUACAAAUCAUAAAUUUGUUUGUUAUAAUAAUUAUAAUACAGGUGUUUGCUGUAAUUUGUGUAAAGUUACAGUAAGUGUUAUAGUGAUAGAUUACAAUAUAUAAAUAUAUAAAUAAUUAUAAAAGAAACCUGUAUUAAAAUUAUAAAUAGACUAAGUAUAAAAAAGAAAUUUUUGAUUUGUACCAAAAUAAAUGUGAACCAAAAACAAAAUUGUUUAUAAUCAAAAGGGAUAGACAAUUUUUUGUAUUUGUUUUUAUUAAAUAUUUUUAAUACAAAUGUGAUUUAAAAAAAAAACAAAAAAAAUGUGAUUUCAAUUUUCUAUUUAUUAGUUUCAUGAAAAAAAAAAAAUUAUGUAAUUAUUUAGUUUUCAAAAAUUUUCAAAAUAUAUCAAAUAUAUUCGAUUAUUAUUAUAUUAAUCGAAUAUAUAAAAAUCAAGUGCCAAAGAUGUGUAAAAAUGAAAUAUUUAAAUAUAAUAAAAGGCAAAAAAACAACAAAAAUGUCUAUCCCUUAAGCUUAUAUCAUUUGUUUUUCAAUAUAGCUCUUUAAAAUGGCACAGAACAAAAGCAAAAUCAAUAACAAAAAAAAAUAAAAUAGCAUUUCAUGAAAAAUGUCAAAUGACUUGCAUUGCAAUGCUCUUUAUAAAGAUUUAAUUUUCAAUUUCUAUAAUUAAUUAAUAAUAAAAUCAACAUCUAAAUGAAAAUUUUAUCUUAUCUUCAAAUUGACUAUUAUUUAAAGUGAUUUAAAAAAAAGACAAUAAGUUAUUUACUUCAAUUCAUAUUCCUAAUUAAUAUGAAAAUAAUUUCUAAAAAUUAUCUUUUCUAAAUCUUAAUUGAAAAUAUUUUCGAAAAUUCAGUUUACUCAGAAAAAAAAAAUUCAUGAAAACCUGCCAAUUGGCUCAAUUUCAAAUUUAAAACCAUUUUUUUUUUUUGUCGAAAGAAGAAUAAUUUUAAGAUUGUAUAGUAGAAAGCACACUUUUCAAAAGUGGAAACAAAAUAUAAUAAACCAGAGCGAAAAAAAAAAUAUUUCGCGUAAAAGCAAAUCUGCUGUGAUUUAUUCAUGCGUUUUUCACUUAUUGUUGUUAUUGUUUGUUUUUGUUUUGUUGUGUGACUAAAUUAUUGCAGUCACUGCCGUCGCUUGUCUGCCGCCAACGAAAAAAAAAAUCGCUUUUGUGCUUUAAACGCCUAAUUAUUAUUGAAAAUGCCUCAAGGAGACAUCCUUGAUGUAUGAAGAUAUCAUAUCAACAUAAUCUCAUAAAAUUUUAUAAUUUGCACAUAUUCUAAGAAUUGUAGCUUCUUUUUGGAAAAUAAUUUCAUUAAAUAAUAAUUAUGCUGCAGCAGUGGCAUUCUCUGAAAAAGAAAAAUCAUCUUAAUUUUUUUUUUUGAAAGCCUAUAAUAGCUUUGUGAUUAUUAUAUUAUAUUAACGGAUUCUUUAACUUGGUAUAUAAUACGUGCGAUUAUGUAACUGUUUUAUAAAAUAAACAGAUAAUUAAUGUU